UCUUUAUUAUCUAAUCCAUUUUCAAAUACCUCUGAUCAAAUCUCACAAAUUAGCUCUCCAACUCCUUCUCUCUGCCCAUUGUCCACUCAAUUACCAUUAGUAUCUUUGGUUAAGCCUCAGAAUUUAUGCUUGAUCUGUAUUGUCUCCUUGGUCUUUCUCUUUCUCUCUCUUUCUAAUUUCCCCGGUCGCCAUUUUGAUCGUGUUUACCUUUUACUAUUUCAGUGAAUUUUAUGUCCUCUCAUUACCCAUAGAUCACCACCAACCCUUAUUCACUCUUCCUACACUGAACAACCCGCACAAUUAACUAAAAUUAUCAAUUCGAUUUGUCACAUUUUUCCCUCCUUGGACAUAUCAAUUUCUUUAAUAAUUUUUUUUUCUAUUCUAUUUGGAUCUUCUUUCUCCUUUCUUUUAAUUGCAUCGUCAUUUUAAUGACUAUUUUAUUGACCCCAAACACUUGGAAGUAUUUUCAUCACAAUGAUUGAGAGAAAAAGAGUUUCCCAGUCGCCGCCAUAUUGGUAUUUUCGUCAACAUGCAACAUCAUUGGUCUUUCAGCUUUUUCUCAGUUAAUUUUUCCAAAAGAUUCGAUAUUCGUUGAUCUUGAUGACGAUUCCAAUGUAGGUUCAGAGAUCAAUCUCUUCUCCCAGUUAAAACUCAGAAAAGUUGAAAAACGAAAAGUCAUCAAACAGAACCAACAAUGGAAAAGAUUCCACUUUUCUUAAAGUUACAAUCAAAAGCAAUUGCGAUGUAUUCUGGUGUAACUAAAAAUGUAAUGGACAACGAGGCGAUAAUUACUCAAUCAUCAACAACAAUUAAUCCUUUCAGACAGGGUCCAGUAACACCAUCAAGACGUCCACCUCCACGUGCACCUCCCAAAACCCGACGAGCUCGACGAAAAAAUUACCUACUCAACCUUCAGAAACCAACUAGUCAAUUUGAACUGUUUCGAGAUGUUAAAUUUUUACGUCAAUUCUUUUCUGUCUUUUCACCUAUCGAUCGAUGUGUCCUUGCACAGGUUUGUUUGAAAUGGAAGGAUGUUUUAUACAGUGAUCCAGGAUUUUGGAGAGGACUUUUACCUGUUAUUUAUUAUAACGAUCUAAGAAGGAUACCCGAUAAACCUAAUUUAGAUCAUCUUAAUACUAAUUGUAUUUCUUAUCAUUUACGAACAAAGUUACGAACUCAGGAAUCUAAUGAGUCAAAUGAUUCCACUCGAAGUGAUUCCUCUUUUGAUGAUUCCUACAGUGGUUAUCCAACGACAGUUCGAGCCAGUUUAUAUGCGAGUAUUGAGAAAAGAGGGUUCGAUUGUAUUUGUCUCUAUUCUGCGUCCGAUGCCGAUGUCUUUGAUUUUGCCAGUCGAGUUUCACCUUCUACACUUAGAAUAAUUACUUAUGGGUCCAUUAGAUGUUCGACUAUCACAGACAAAGGAUUGGAUAUUUUUCUAGCUUCGCUUAGUCAAUCAUUGAGAAAAUUUGAAAUUAUUGGUUGCAAUGAAAUAAGUGAUUCUGGACUAUGGACAAGUUUGGUACCUCAUUUAGACAGUCUGACCAUUCGCGAUUGUAUAAACGUUGGCGAUGAGACUAUCGCUGCAACCUCACAAAUGUUACCAGAAUUGCGAGAACUGUGCCUUCAGACGUAUCAUAUGUCCGAUGCUAGUACUACCUUUUUUAGUGCCGUCACAAUGAGAGGAAAACUUCGAGCCAUUCGAUUAGAAAAUUGUUGGGAAAUGACCAAUCAAGGAGUUCUAAACAUUUGUUCGAGUCUUCCUUAUCUUGAGAAGUUAUCACUUCUAGGAUGUUCUAAGAUAACCGAUGAUUGUGUUGAAUUAAUUUCGGAGAAUUUAAAAAACUUGAAACUUCUCGAUUUAUCUUGGUGUAAUCGGAUAACCGAUGUUGGUAUUGAGGCCAUUGCUUGUGAUUUUGCUCCAACACUUACAGAUUUAAUUGUCGACAGAUGUCAGAGUAUUUCCGAUCACUCGAUGAGUUUUGUCUCUGCGAUGCCCUAUCUACAUACAUUUACUUUUCGUUGGUGUCCCAAUAUCAGUGAUUAUGGUGUUCAAAUUUUGAGCACAUCGAAAGCAGUCAAAGUACUUUCACUGGCGGGAUGUCCACUUAUUACAGUUAAUGGUUUAAGACAUUUAACAUCGUGCCAACAAUUGGAGGAAGUUGAACUGACCAAUAUCUCAGCAGCAUCACCAGAAAUAAUCGCUGAACUUAAAGACAGAUUACCUAAUUGUGAAUUCAUAACGUGAAAUUGAGCACCAAAAAUUAACUGCCCACCACAAUGAUUACGAUUUGAAACAAGAUAUAAUCAACUAAUGACAAUACUCAACAUUAUGGUAGGAAUACCAUGGAGAGUUUGAUAACCAAUUGGAAAAAUUUGACAUAGAAAAGGUUAAAUAAGAUAAAUAAUAACUGGUCAAUGGUCAACAGAAAAGCACAUUUAUAUUAAUAUAUAAAUACACAUUCACCUUGAUCAACUGCAAAGUUGAAAUUUACACCUUAAUCAAUUAACUAGUCACAAUCUAGUCCAGCUCUUAACUAAUAUUUACUUUCCGAUAGCUGCUCCUUUAGUUAUAUUAAUCCAAUUAUUAAUAUUAUAAUCAAUAUACAGAUAUCAUAUAUCCUUUAUAUUAAUACUAAUAAUAAGAACCCUUCACUCCCUCAAUCCAAUUAUAUCAAGAUAAUUAGUUAAUCAAUAACAUUUUUGUUAACUAAUUGAUCAAAAUGAAGGAAAAACAACCCAACUAAAUUAAUAAUAUAAAGAGUUUCAAAUCAGCUAUCAAUUCAAAAUUGAGAUAACAAUUAAUCCAAUUGAUACUUUAUUUGAUCCUCUUUCUUUUAUGAUGAUAAUUUUUGUUUUAAAUCAAUUUAAUUGUAAUUUACUUUGAACACAACAUACACACAACACACUCACACACACACAAACUAAAUCAUUCCAGUAAUUUAUUUUUUAUCAUAAAAUAAACCUUCAAUUAUGUGUAUUACAUUGUAUCAACAUCUCUAUUAGAAAAUUGUUUAACUUGAUUGUCAUUUUAUCAUCAAUUAAAUGAUGCAUAUUUUUUUGCAGCUUCAAUCAAUUAAAUUAAUAAUUUAUUUCCUAAAAUCUCA